AUGUCAACAUCCCCAAGUCGACCCAAAGGCCCACCCACGAAACCCAAAAAAGAAAGAGAACGUGAGAGGGAACGUGAGCGCAAGGAGAAAGCACUCCAACAAUCAAUUGAACGUCUAAAGACAGUCGUUCGCCGGCUACCACCCAAUCUGCCCGAGGACGUCUUCUGGCAGAGCGUACAGCCCUGGGUGACAGAAGAAUCUGUCUCUUGGAAAGUGUUUUAUGCUGGUAAAUCUAGGAAGCGGUUAUCGAAGGAGAAUAUCCCUUCACGAGCUUACAUCGCGUUCAAGAGCGAGGAAAAGCUCGCCCAAUUUAGCAGGGAAUACGAUGGUCAUUUGUUUCGAGAUAAAGCAGGCAAUGAGUCGUAUGCGAUCGUAGAGUUCGCUCCGUACCAGAAAGUUCCUACGGAGAAACGAAAGCCAGAUGCUCGGAAUGCAACUAUUGAGAAAGACGAAGACUAUAUAUCUUUCAUCGACUCUCUAAACGCAUCAGCAAACGCAGAACCACCCACCCUCGAAGCACUCAUCGCUUCAACCCAACAAGCACCCCAACCCAAAACCACACCCCUCCUCGAAGCCCUCAAAGCCGAAAAAUCAGCAAAUAAAGAUAAAGAAGCCAUCCUCCGCAACCACGCACACUACAAAGACCAACUCCCGGGAGCUCUUCUUGCUCGGAAAGACGAUAAGAAGAAAGUACCCCCCGCUGUUCAAGCGCAGAAAGUAGCUGCUGAAGCAGCAGCGGGAAAUAAGAAGGCGGCUGGGAAGAAACCGCAGGUUGCACCAUCCCCCGCAGCAGCAUUGAACCAGAACCAGAACAAGCCGGGACAGGUGGGAUUACCAAAAUCCGUCGCAGGCCCUUCUAAUCUCGGUGCAAAACCACCACCCAAACCUGCACGAGCACCACGAGCACCCCCUCCUCCUUCACAACCUAAACCGCAGAACGUACCUAUCACUGCGAUUCAACAACAGCCAGGACCCUCAACCCCCCAACAACAACCAGCGUCAUCAGAUGGCACAACGACCCCCACCCCGCGGCGGACGCGCCCCGUUAUAGGUCUAGGAUCGAGGCAGUUCGAGGCUGCGCUUAGUGGUGUGGCUGGUGGGAAGUCUAGACGCGAACGGGAACGGGAGAGGGAGAGGGAAAGAGAAAAGGAGAGGGAAGAGGGCGCCGUUACGCCUACUGCGGCCUUCGUUCCCGCUCCUGGGUUGGCACUGAUGGCUAGUAACAUCAAGGAGGCGCCAGGGAAACCCGCCGGACCACCCACUUCGCCUCGCAGAGGGAGGAGGGGGAGUCAUGGAGGGGGAGGUGGUGGGAGUGGUGGUGGUGGAAUUGGCAGGCCUCCUUCUGCUGCUUCUGACACGAAAGCUCCGGGGAUUAUACAACGCGCGGAUGCGCCGUUGAUCGUGCAGAGGGAUGUGCCUGUUGUUGUUGGGCCACCUGUUGUUAACCCAGUUCAGAUUCCCAUGGGCGUGGGUCCUGGGAGAGGGGGUGGAGGUUCUCUCAAAGAGGGAACGGUUAUCGGUGGAAUAACGGCCGUGGUAGGGGGAUAUCCUCCUUCUAUUUGAGAUUUUCCAAACUCGAAGCUCGAAGGGAGUUGUGGAGAUGGCGGUGGCUUGUACAAUACAGUUUGUUGACUUUACGAU